CGCCUUUACUCCAGGUUCCCGGACUCUCCACAGCUGCCCGCCGCGCAGUAGCAGCGACCCGCCAAUACUCUCCGGCCGGGGAGAUACAUUAUACUGCCGGGAAGACUACACACCAUCCGGCGGGUCGCUAGAGUCUUCGAUUUGAACACACUUUAGGCGGUGGACUAUAUCAUUUCCCACUAGAAUGGAAGCGGACGCGUUCGUCUCCCGGAGAACCUCCAUGGAAACACCUGGCGUCGACAGCCGGGUUUCGAGCGCUGCAGCCGGGGCAGAGUUUCGAUGGAUGGGCAACAGACUGCUAGACGCCACGGGGGGAUUUGUCGGCUCUCUUUCACCGAGAAUGCCAGGGGAACAGGACUUUACACCAGUUGUGCAUCGAGUGGAGACUUCCGUGGAGCCAGAAAUAGACUAUGAAGGGCUUCCUCAGGGAUCCGCCACCAGCACACACAUGCUGGCUGGAUCCGUGGCUGGAAUCAUGGAGCACUGCCUUAUGUACCCCAUCGACUGUGUUAAGACCCGUAUGCAGAGCCUGCAGCCGGAGCCCGGGGCGCGCUACAGGAACGUGAUGGACGCGCUGCAGCAGAUCGUGCGGACGGAAGGCGUGUGGCGGCCAAUCAGAGGCGUGAACGUGCUGGCGGUGGGGGCGGGGCCUGCACACGCUCUCUACUUCGCCUGCUACGAGAAGCUCAAGUUCUCGCUCAGCGACGCCAUUCACCCCGGGGCCAACAGCCACUUCGCUAACGGAGCGGCGGGCUGCAUGGCCACCGUGCUGCACGACGCCAUCAUGAACCCAGCAGAAGUUGUGAAACAGCGAAUGCAGAUGUUUAACUCUCCGUACCGCGGCGUGCUGCACUGCAUGGGCUCCCUGUGGAGGCACGACGGCCCGGCCGCUUUCUACCGCAGCUACACCACCCAGCUGACCAUGAACGUGCCCUUCCAGGCGCUGCACUUCAUGACCUACGAGUACCUGCAAGAGCUGCUCAACCCCCACAGACAGUACAACCCUUCCUCUCACGUGGUGUCCGGCGCGCUCGCUGGAGCCAUCGCCGCCGCCGCCACCACCCCCCUCGACGUCUGCAAGACCCUCCUGAACACGCAGGAGGCUCAUGCCAUCCACGUGAUGGAGGCGGAGGCGGCAACUGCAGCAGCGGCGGUGGGGACGGCCACCGGCAGCCGCCACAUCUCCGGUCUGGCCACGGCAUGUCGGACUGUGUACCGGAUGGGAGGCGUGCCGGCGUUUUUCAAAGGUGUCCAAGCACGCAUCAUCUACCAGAUGCCCUCCACCGCCAUCAGCUGGUCCGUCUACGAGUUUUUCAAAUACAUCAUCACCAAGCGGCAGCACGAGAGGCGGCUGCGGGGCGACGGUGAUAAAUAAACAUCUGGAGGAGGUUCACUCCAUCCGUAUUGAACAUUGAAAGGUUUAAAAAAGCUCCAGAGGUUUAGAUUCUUCAAGCUCGUUCUGUUCAGCGCAGUCAGAGUUAGUUCAGAGGCAGGGCAAACUGCUGGAAUACUUCAUUAUUAGCUGGUGAAAUGUCCUUAAAUACCAAGUGGUUCAAAGGGGUCUCCGAAUAGCACACAGGAAGUCCUGGUUUCCCCACUUCUGAUGCUUCAACUUGAAAAAAUCCUUUUUUUUGGCUUUCAAAAAGCUUAUUAUUCUUAAAAAGUAACGCACAGUAAAAGAGAACUUCCCCCUAGAGUGCAUCGGAUUUGUUUUAAACGAGGUUAAAGUGCUGACUUUGAGCUUUAAUUUGAAACUGUUACGACUCACUUCCAAAUUAUUCUGUGGAAAUUAUAGCAUUUUUAGUAAACAAAUCCCAUAAAAUGGAUAAAAAGUGCUAUAAAUCCUUCACUGUAUGAGAGGUCAGUUUAACCUUACAGGUACUGAGUGUUUUUGAGUUCAGAGCCAAAGCAAAAGCACACCUCUUUAAAGUAUGACACCGUAUUACCUUCUGACCACAGGGGGGCGCCCAUCACCAGCGCUUGACAACAGGAGAAACAGGAAGUUCUAACAUCUGGAAUAUGAAAAGUGUGCUGGUGUACAGAAACGAGUUAAAGGACGUUUAUUUUUAAAGGAAAAGAGGAAUUAUAAAAUGACUUAAAUUCACUGUCAUGGCUCGACACACAGCCUCUUAUUUAUUCAUUUUUGGACUGGAUGAAAAAGAGUGACGUGUUCAACCCUUAAGUGGAACAGGUGUGUGUGUGAUUGUGUAUAAAUGUGUGUGUUACAGUGACUGGAAGAGUGGAAGUGGUGCUGCGACUCUGACCAUUUAACCUCAAAACUGUGUGUUGUCCUUCAAAGGAAAAGUGUGACAUGAAUUUAAGGUUGGUUUUAAACACAAUUUAGAUUUAUUUCACAUGAAAUAUUUACAGCUUCAUGGUGUCACAUCUGUAUCUUUGCACCGGGUGCUUUCAAGUCUCCACACACACACACACACACCCACACACACACACACACACACACACACACGUAAACUCAUGCUGGUACAAAUUUAAAUUAGAUUGUUCUAAAAACAACAAACCUGUUAGGUAGAAACUGCUGACUCAAAGGUUAAGCGCAGCAAGAAAGAAUACUACUUAUUUUAAAUGUAAACCUUGCUUUAGGACAUUUAAAAACUCUUCAAACUUGAAAUUUCUCACACUUGAGUGUUUGUUAACUCUCUUAAAUAAAUGAAAAGUUGAAUUUAAUCACAUUUCUUUUGUCCCACGUAAUUGUAUUCGGUUCGAAAGCAUUAUAAUAUUAUUGCUUCCACCUAACCUGAUAUAAUUAUAUCUACUUAAGGACAAAAUAAAUGUGAUCAACAUUUUGUUAUUUCUGAGGCAUUAGCACCCUAAAAAAACACAUUUAUGUUUAGUUUUUUUUAAACGCACAGCAUCCUAGCAAUUAUUAUGUCUUUAGCAUUAUUAUAAGGACAAAAGUUAGUUUCACAUAAAAGAAUAGAGAAUGAAGUGACGCUACUUGUACAUAUGCCUUCAGUUAGCCGCUGUUCAUCAACGCACAACUAAUACAAAGCUAUCCUCAGAUAGAGAUGUGAUAUUAAGCCAUAAAAGAGGAUGAAAUUGUACAUAAUAUAUAGUGUCUAUAUAUAUAAAAGGUAUAUAUAAAUAUUGGCAAACACAGACUUAAGUUUUGAAUGCUGAAAAAUACAAAACUAUUGUAGGAGGCGAGAAAAAUGAGACCUGGAUUAUUUUGGAGAAGAAUAAUAAGUAUUAAAAGAUGAUUGUAGUGUGAAGUUUCUUGAUCGGGGAACCAAAGACUGAGAGCAGCGGAGAGGAGCUCUGGCAGGUGACGACACUAAUGUGAAGCGCUGGAACACGUGCGGAAGAUGACCCCUGUAUUUUGUGAAUUGUAAAUAAACUCGCUCAGGCAGCUCCUCGCAGAAGCAGGGUCUUCUCUUGGUGCUGGCUCUCCAAGCGUGAAGAACUCGA